CAAUAACGAAUUUCGCGUGCUGAACCCGUGGACGUAGGGCACGUUGUAUGUUCGCAUCGUGCCGGCGGAUAACGCUGUGAGCAAUCGGUACACGUUUUCCGCGCGGCAGUGUUUACACGUUUUCGAUGAGAGAAUAAAAAGAAACAAAUAGAAAAAAACGAAAAUAAGAAGAAAGGGAAAAAUUGAAAAUUUUGAAAAAACCAACGAAAACCCACGUGCCCGCGAGUGCUACGAUCGAGACGUCACGCGCGCGCUAACUUGCCGCGGCCAGUGGCUGUUCCGUCGCGACAAUAAACGCUGAUGGCGCCAAACGCGUUCGCCGCCCGGCUGGCCACGCGCAUCGCCAUCUCGUACGGGCCCAGCGUCAGCUACAUAAUGCUCAUCCGGGUGGCCGUACUGUUCUUCCGGCCCGACAUCGAGGACGCGGACCACCGGCUGAUGGACCUCCAGGUCGCCGAGAUCAAGGACAAGUACGAUUUCGUGGUGAUCGGCGGUGGUUCGGCGGGUUCGGUCGUGGCCAACCGUUUGUCCGAAAACCCCAACUGGACGGUUCUAUUAAUAGAGGCUGGCAUCGACGAGCCAACAUUGUCAGAUAUACCAAUGUUGUAUCCUUCCCUCCAGCGAACUUCUGUUGAUUGGCAAUAUAAAACAGAGCCCAGUCAUUCAUCGUGUCUGGGAUUUAAUGGCAACCGAUCUAGUUGGCCUCGCGGCAAAGUCAUUGGCGGCAGCAGCGUUCUGAAUGCCAUGUUCUACGUCAGAGGUAACAAAAAGGAUUAUGAUGCUUGGUACGACGCAGGCAAUAAGGGAUGGAGCUACAAAGACGUACUACCGUAUUUUAUCAAGUCCCAAGACAUAAGAAUACCGGAACUCAUGGACUCGAAGUAUCACGGAAAAGGGGGCUACUUGACGGUGGAACAUUUCAGAUCGCAAUCACCAAUUGUGUACAAUUUUUUGGAAGCCGCAAAGGAGAUUGGCUAUGACGAGGUUGACAUAAACGGUGAAAGUCAGACGGGAUUCACACGGUCCCAAGGGACUCUGAGGAACGGUUUGAGGUGUAGCACGGCUAAAGCAUUUCUGAGACCGAUCAUAGACCGUCCAAAUCUUCACAUCAGCUUACAUACGCAUGCUUUAAAAAUCGAAUUUGAAAAUGGUCGGGCUACUGGCGUGCUGAUAUCGAAACUGGGCAGAAUACCCACACUGGUGAAAGCCGAGAAAGAAGUGGUACUGUCGGCAGGUGCCAUUAAUUCCCCACAUUUAUUAAUGUUGUCGGGGAUAGGACCUGCCGAUAAAAUACGCAAAGCCGGAGUUAAAAUCACUAAACACGUGCCCGGUGUGGGGCAGAAUCUACAAGACCACAUCGCGAUGGGUGGCGUUACGUAUUUGUUCGAUUCUCCAGACAAAUUCAGUCCACUCGGGAUGGGCGUAGUUCUACCGAGAGUAUUGACGUUGAACUCGUUUAUUCAAUUUUUUCGCGAUAAAAUGGGACCACUCUAUAGAAUACCCCUAGGUGAAGCCAUGGGGUUUGUGAACACAAUUUACAACGAAGAUACCGAAUGGCCCGACAUCCAACUAUUUAUGGCCACUGCUGGGGACAAUGAUGACGGCGGCUUGUUAAACAAAAGAGACGUCGGAGUAACCGAUGAGUAUUACGAACAGGUAUUCGAACCCAUUCUCUACCAGGACGCUUUCACGCUGGCGCCUUUGCUCCUGCGGCCUUACAGCCGGGGUUACAUCGAAAUAACUAGUUCCAAUCCAUAUACCGCUCCGAAAAUUGUGCCGAAUUAUUUGAGCGAUCCGAGAGAUGUGAAAAUCCUGGUAGAGGGUGCCAAGAUAGGAUAUGCAUUGAGUCGGACCGCGGCCUUGCGCAACAUCAACACCACCCUACACAAUAUACCAACCCCGGGAUGUGAACUGCACUCGUUCAUGUCCGACGCGUACUGGGAAUGCCAAGCCCGUCACUAUACCAUGACCAUUUAUCACCCGGUGGGCACAUGCAAAAUGGGUCCGGCCGAGGACCAGUAUGCCGUGGUGGAUGAGAAUUUGAGGGUGAGGGGCGUAAGCGGACUGCGAGUGGUCGACGCAUCAAUAAUGCCGACGAUAGUGAACGGCAACACGAAUGCGCCGACGAUAAUGAUCGCGGAAAAGGCUUCAGACAUGAUAAAACGCGAUUGGGUCGGGCACACGAGAACUUUCAAAUCCAGGUUCGCCAAGAAGACGGUCAAACGAUGGUGGUGAACCGCUAUUGUGUAAUGUAAUCAACAGUUGACGUUGAUACGAGUGGUAAAUUUUUAAAAAAUGAAAGCCUAUAAGUCGUGUUCCAAAAUAUGUUCUAAGAACUCUGACUAUAUACAUAACAGUCAAUAUGAUAUCGUCGCAAAAAUAUGACUUGGAUUUAAUACGAUUUAUUAGUAAUUAUAAUAUAUUAUUUAUUAUU